CAAAAGCUCAUUGGAUUGGGUCUAUUCGAGUUUUCUGAUUCUUUGCCCCUUUUUUUUAAUACCCCUUCAGCAUCCAGCCAUCGAUUAAUUUUAUUUACGUCUCCCCCCAAAGACAAAAAAGAAUACUAGUACGUAAAUCAUCAUCAAUACAUUAAAGUGUUAAAAACCUCAUGCAACAGCAGUUUGAGAUUCUCAAAAUCUCGUAAAUUCAAGCCCAGAAAUGAGAAAAUAAACAAAAAAGUUUGAGUUUUUCUUGCUUUUCUAUCUGGCCCUUGCAUUCUCCGUCUGCGAAACUCUUGUUUUGCUUGCAAUGACGAGUCAGUAGCAGAGAGGGAAAACGGGAUAAAAGAAAGGGCGGAAGGAAUUGAGGAAGCCCUUUUUAGCAAGACCCCUUUUGAAUUUUGGUUAAUAAACAUGGGAGAGCACUCUGAAGAUGAUAAAGUUCUUCCAGAAAUGAACAAGAAGAGAAUAGUCAAAACACGUGCUCAGGUGGAAGCUUUAGAGAAAUUGUAUGAUGAGCACAAAUAUCCUACAGAGGCAUUGAAAGAAGAAUUUGCUAAGUCAGUAGGAUUGACGGAAAAGCAGGUUUCUGGGUGGUUUUGCCACAGAAGGUUGAAAGAUAAGAGAUUAGCAAAUCCUGAAGCAUAUGCAAAUGGAAGACAAGAUCGUUCAAGCGGUAUCUUACAAGAUCGUGGGAGUGGACUUAGGCAGGACUCUUGUGGCAGCACUAAACAAGGGGAUGAUAGGAAUUACGAUCCAAGAGAAGUUGAAAGUAGAAGAUUAGUUGGCCAAGAGUAUUCUGCUGCAGAUCUCACUUAUGAGCUUGGUAGUCAUUAUACGGGGAAUCAUGGUUCAGCUGAUGAUACAUCAUCUGGAAGUAGCUCUUCUUUAAGGAAUAUGUCCUUUCCUCAAGAUAGGGAUCGUUUUGCUUUGGCAAAUUCAAGAUACCAAGCACAGAGUUUGCCGAUGGAGAUAAAGGAGGUAAAACCAAGAACUGGCCCAUCAGGAUAUUUAAAAGUGAAGGGUCAGGUUGAGAAUGCUGCUAUUACUGCAGUUAAGAGGCAGCUGGGGAGACAUUACCGGGCUGAUGGUCCACCACUUGGUGUUGAAUUUGAUCCACUGCCCCCUGGAGCAUUUGAGUCUUCAAUUCAGGAGCCACCCAAUGAUUCUACCAAAAUGACAGAAUCUUAUUAUGCUGAAGAAGCUGUUCUACCCCGCUCACCAGAAAAUUCCAUGGUUCACAAGAAUUCUAAUUUGGGCAGCGGCUCCCAGUACAACCCAAAGGCAAGCUCUCAUGACUCAGACAUGGAGAGAACAAGAUUUAAAAUGGCACAUGGACCUGAUCGUUCUGAAAACUGUUUUCCCCCAAAAUCCAAGCAGAAAUCUCCUUUGCACAAUCAUGGUGACUUUUAUGCCGGAAGAAGUUCAUCUAUGGAUAUCCAUGAGGGUUCUGCAAGGAAAACACGUGUUUAUGAUAGCCAGGAUCCUGAUCGAAAGGCUAAGUAUGGUGAUGGAGGGAUGAGUUUGGAUUCUUUUUCUGGACAUCGUCAUUCACGUCUCCACAAUCCAAGAGUUGAUAGCGAUCAUGCAGAUCCUUGGUUGCAGAACUAUAAUGAUAUGAACUCCAAUGUGGCCCCAGCAGAGCACUUUGUCUCUAAGUCAUCAAACUUGGCCUCUAAGGGUGUUGAAUAUGAUGAUUUUACGCAUAAAGGCCUCUCUAAAAGAAUGGCAAAGGAAGCCAAAAGCUCUGGAGAAAGGUUAACACUAAAUGGUAAUUUUGAUCCAGUUCAACCUAAGAAUGGGCUGACAUCUGCCAAAAGAGUUGGGAAUGAACUUCCUCAAGAGCAUUACAGCAAGAAAACGUCGUGGAGUGAAGUGCCACCAUGGACAAAUCAGGCUCCAAGGUCCGCUGCAGAAAUGCCAACUAGUUUUAGUGAAGAUGACGAGACUGCAGACACUAGUUCUUCUGUGGAUUGAAAUUUAGAAGACGGUUAGAGAAAAGUUGUGAAGCAUCUAAUGCUCAUGCGGUGGAAACAAAGCUGCUUCUGUGCUCUGCAACUGUUUUAAGGUUCACAAGAGCUAGAACCCGCAUUAGGAAAGCCAGAAGCAAUGUAGGACCUCUGUGAAUAGAAUGUGAAAAACUUUUUUCAUCUUAAAUUGUGACCAUUCCUUUGCUAAUUUUGCCUCUUAGUUGUUUGUUGUACAUAUUGUUCCUGUAGCAUUUGUUUAGGAAGAACUUUUGGCAAUAUAAUAGCAAUUUUGGUGCUUGAUGUGAA